UUUUGGAGAGCAGGAUGGAGGGGAGCUCUGACGACUGUGGCCUGUGGGCUCUGGAGCCUGCGGUAAACCAGUGGGUGCUGGAAUACUUCUUCCAUCUUUACGUGGAUGCCUUCAAGAACCGCCGAAAUGAGGAUUUCGUCCAGAUACGGGAUAUCGUGUCAAUAUUAAUGCAGCGACGUCUGAAGUCCGUGGAGCAGAACUCCCAGGUUCUACGUAUAAUGCAGCUCCUGUCCUGUGUUGAAGAAGGAGGGGAUCUUGAUUGUAGGUUUGAUGAAAACGAGAACGAGACGCCGCUCGAAACGGCUGUUGGAAUAUUGGACUCAAUGAAGCAGGAGAAGACCUUUCCUGCUGAUCUCAUCAAUACAAACCAGCAAAUGCUUAAAGAGGCAGCGGUGGUUGCCUGUAUACAGAAGCAGCAGUUUAGCAGAGCCAAGAGCGUCAUAAGGAAGCACAUUGCGAACACCAGAAAUACAAGACAGCUGCGGGCAGAUCUGAUGCAUAUCAUCCAGGAGCGGAACAUAAAACAUCCAUUGAUUGCCAAUUUUUCCUUGUCUACAAUCAAAGACAAGGUUUACGAUAUGUUUGAGAGCCAGAUUCAGAAUAUUCCAUCCUUCUUGCUGACUCUUGCACAGAAAGAACCUGCAGAUUUAAAGGGGAAGUCCAAGGAACAUCUUGCCUCCGAUAAGCAGCCUGAGCAGAGUUUGGGGAACGUUUUGUCUUCAGAGGAAGAUUCCUUGACACCAGAUCUUAAGUCUCAGAUCUUGGUGUCCCAGAGCAGUGAUAUCACCAGUUCAGCAAAGGACAUUGGGUCAGAAGUAGACUGUGGUCCUACCUUUAGCCUGUCUGCUAUGAGAUCUAAGUUCUUAUUACUCUGUCAAGAUGACAACCCUGAUGUUAAAUUCAGACACCUUUGUGAGACAGACUUCUGUAGGGAAAACGCCCAUCUACGAAGUGUCUGUAAUAACACGCAAAACAGUAAGAGCCACCGUGCUUGCUCCCCCAGAGAGGAGGCUUCAGUCCUAGAUGAGAAGGUACAGGGGAAAUGUUUGACUCUCCACCAGUUGGUCAUGGACCAGGACAGUCAGGUGGAGAGUGAAGAGGAAGAGAAACAGGAGGAGAGUCCGAAGCAGCCCCAGCAACAGAAGCGCAGCAGCGCCACCAUCCGAAGACUGUUCAACUCGCCCACCACAAACAAAAGAAGGAAAACAGCAACAAACAGUCGAGUCUCGGAAAAGGAAAGUGUUGUGGAAGAGCAGGACACGUGGAGCGACGAGGAUGAUCUGUUCCAGAGAUCUUCAAAAUCUACCAACAGUACAAGCAGUUCUGGUAGGAGGAGGUGGACAAUAGAAGAAACUGAUUGGAUCAAGUCAGGAGUAGAAAAAUAUGGUGAAGGCAAAUGGGCCCAAAUCCUGAAGAACUAUCCUUUCCACCAGCGCACGGCGAUCAUGAUAAAGGACCGGUGGAGGACGAUGAAGAAGCUUUGUCUGGUGUGAGGGAGGCCUGCCGGCGGCCGCGUUUCGUGCAUCUUCACUUCCUGGUGUUGUGACUGCUGUAAAUCUCAGUUCUAUAGUCUCUGGGAGACUGCGCUUCUCGCUGUGUGCUGGACACACCUGUAUUCAUGUCCGGAAUUACCAGUCAUUAGGGGCCACAAGAUCCUGCUAUAUACCCUGUCUGACUGGGGGGUCGGGUAGAUUUCUGGUGCUGCUCCCGGUGUCACCGUAGCCAUAAAAAAUUACCUGUUCCUGUUAUCCAUGUUUUUAUGUUCAGACUUCUGGGAAAGCCUUGUGUAACACGCAGUUUGUCACGUAACUUUCCUGGAGUCCUCGUGGUGAGCGUCUGCCCGGCUAAGCAGCUGGUGAAUAUAUUGCCAACAUACUUUAAAGGGGUUAUCCAAGACCAUUGAAUGCCAUCCCUCAUAUGCCCGGGCCCCUCACAAUGAGUAUACCUACCUGGCUCCCCGCACCGCCGCUUCUCCCCAUGCGCGGAUGAAAACAUCCAGUGUCCGGGGUGGGGGGUAAGCAGCCAAUGGCAAGCGGGGAUGGGGAUGAGCCAUCCCUAGCAUCGCGUCAUUGGCUGCCCACCCCUGGCGGCAGUGCGGGGACCGGAGUAAGUAUAUUCAGUGUGAGGGGAGCAUUGGUUGGCAUUUAAUAGUCUUGGAUAAUCCCUUUAAAGUGGACCACCAAUUGUCAACAUCGAUUUUAUUUUUUAGCUCCAAAGUUCUAUGCUGAUAAAUUUUAUAAUAGUUUUUUUAUAGAAAAAAAGUAAAUAUAAAUUAUAUAUUUUUUUUAAAAGAGCUCCAAAUUCCCUAUAUUUUUUCCCCCUCUUACAUAUUGCAGAUGAGGAGAUGGAGCCUAGCCCCUGUAGACAGUACAGGGGCCCCAUUCUGUCUUCCAGCGGUGAAGCUCCUUCCAUUUGGGGUUUAUACAGUGAUGAUUGAACUAUUGCUGUGUCCCUGAGCGCCCCCUGGUGUUGGCUGCAAGCAGCCAGCAUUUUACCUAUGGUUGUGUGAAUGGAAGCAGGGGAUUUGGAGCUCUAUGUCAGGGAGGAUUGAUUCAUUAAGUUAAUCUGCGCCAUUCUGUUCAUUGUUGGGGGUACACGUUAAGUUAAAGUUACCCGAAUGAUGGCAGUGUUAUCGGUUAUUCCUAGGUUCUCAUUAUAUAAGAGCACGCCUAUGUUGCUUUUAUAGUUUAUGUAGGGCAACACAAGCGGUUUGCAGUGCACAAUGCGUGUUCGGGGUCAUUCAGCGCACCUCCUAGGGCUCUUUCACAGGAGCGGAUGGCGUGCGGGUAAUACAGCCAAGCCCCCUUCCGGACAGCAGAGACACGGAGCAGUAACAUGAUUGAUU